AUGACCCAACUUGGAAUCAAUGCAAAACUGGUGAGACUGGUAAAAGCAUGCGUGCAACACUCUAAGUGUACAGUUAAGUUUAACGGAGAAUAUGAAGAGUUCACAGUGGAAACAGGCUUAAAACAGGGAGACUCUUUGUCAAAUAGAUUAUUUAAUACAUCCCUAGAAACAGUAGGUAGUGAGAGAGAUACUCGAUGGUUCAACGGGCUUAAGCAUAUGAGAAGGACGCCAAAAACUAUUAGAUCAUUAGCAUCAUACGCGGAUGACAUAAUAACUAUAGGAAAAACAGAAGAAGGGGUAAUAUGGACGGCCGAAAAGCUAAUAUGCCAGGGGAAAGAGAUUUGA